AUGUCUGACGCUCCUGGUCCUCCACAGUUGCCAGAUCUCGAUUCAGGACCGCGGAACUUUACAACCACGGAUAAGGAUCACGGCGGGAUUGCAUUAACGAUAUGUACUCUGAUGGCUACAUGGGUAGUGCUAUGCUUCAUUGUGCGAAUCUUCAUGCGAUAUACCGUCUCGGGACCAUUUGGGAUAGAUGAUAUCGUCUGCAGCGUUGCUACAGUGUUCGGUGUUGUGCAAAUGGUCGUGUUCAGCUCGGCGAUAUCUUUUGGAUUUGGCAAGGCUCUCGAGCUCUUGACGGACGGGCAGAUACUAAAGGCUUCAAGGGCUAUAUACGCUGCACAGCUACUAUAUAUCAUCACAAACGCGCUCACAAAGUGCACGGUCGCACUCUUGUUGGCGCGUAUAGUGUUUCUCAGAAGCCGCGUAUACGCAUGCUAUGCUGUUCUCGCGCUAUCCUGCCUGUGGGGACUAGGUUCUUUCGUAGCAGAGGCAGUACGAUGUACGAACCACACCCCUUGGGACAUCACUGGCGGAGAUUCAUGCGGGAACUUGCUUCUUGCGUGGCAAGUCAUCACGGCUUUCAAUGUCAUCAUCGAGGCACUGUUGUUCGCACUGCCAGUGUGGCUCGUAUGGAAUCUCAAAACAAGUCUGUCAAGGAAGUUGACUGUCGUAGCAGUCUUCGGGCUUAGGUUGCCCGUCGUUGCCGCAGCAAUUCUUCGAGUACACUUUCUCGCCAAUGCGAUCGGCUCAGCCGAGCCAUUACUCAACGGUGUCAUACCGUUCAUUUGCAUGAACGUCGAGAUGCAUUAUGGUUUGAUGGCUGCCACCAUGCCAACGCYGAAACCUUUCGUCAAGGCUUUCAAUACAGGGUGGGGAACGCAUGACACGCAAGGCAUCAGUGGGUACGGUCAGCACAGCCACGACACCAAUCCCGUGGACUCGGGAGGCAAGAGGAGUAGUCGAAGAGCAUCGAAACAGCCCUCUCCUGCCGGGAGUCAAGGAAGUUAUGGCAAGAACGUCACCCUUGUAUCAGCCCCACCAAAACCCUUGACAAGCCUGCAUUCUGGUGGRAGUCAUGAAUCGCAGCACAUGUUCAUCCAGCAAACUCGCACUUGCGAGGUCCACCACGAAGAGGGUCCCCACUACGAAGAUGGUGAAAGAUGA